AUGACAAUUCUCGAUGAGCAAUUUUACUCAGAACUUGCCCGGGUCGAAUCGUCAGUUCCUAGCAACCGGUUGCGGUGGUAUCUUUCCGCUAUUGCGUGCCUGGCUGGUCUCAACUACAGUGAAGAAAUUCCGCCGCUGUAUCAAGUACUUUUAAAGUCAUACAUCCACAAAGAUCGCCAGUUCGAAGAGACUAGAAUCAUCCGCGAGGGACUCACAAAGGCGUUAGGGGUUAUCGGAGCAGCUAAGACAGGUGUAGCCCUACGAGCCUUAGCACAGGCCACUCCUGAUAUUCUCCGUGACUCAAAGUGUUAUCGCGAAAAUGAAAAUCCCGACAUCGCUUCUCGGCGGGGAAAGGACUUAGUGAAGAGUAUCUACGGCAAAGAUCCAGAUACGGACCCCAACCCGACUCGAAUUGCUGCUGCUGAUUAUGACUACAUUGUAUUAGGAUCUGGUUACUCUGGUUUGAUGAUGGCUAUCAUUGUAAAGGAGAAGUUCCGAGAGGCCAAUCUUGAAUUUCAAGUCUACGAGAAGAAUCACGACAUGGGAGGAACAUGGCUCGUGAACAGGUAUCCGGGUUGCCAGUGCGACAUCCCUGCACAUAAUUAUCAGUACAGCUUCGAGCCAAAUCCUUACUGGAAGAAUUAUUAUGCUACUUCGGAGCAGAUACAUCAGUACAUGAAAGACACCGCCAAAAAAUACGACUGCGAAGAAUACUUUGCUUAUAACCAUCGAGUUGUCAAAGCAAGAUGGGAGGAAAAUGAUAAAAAAUGGCACUUGACAGUAGAGGCCAGCGGGUCUACGUUUGUUGACGUUUGUGACAUUUUCAUCAAUGCCGGUGGAGUAUUGGACAAUUGGAAGUGGCCUGAUAUCGAAGGUAUCGGUAGUUUCAAAGGAAAGCUCAUGCACUCUGCCAACUGGGAUCAAGAAUAUGAUUUCAAGGGGAAAAAAGCCGGCGUAAUAGGAAUUGGGUCUUCAGGUAUUCAAAUCCUUCCUCAAGUCGCCAAAGUUGCAGAUCAUACGACCUUGUUUGCCCGGUCAGAGACCUGGAUCACCCCAGACCCUGGUGUCAGUCAGCCGGGGGUCGGAGAUCCCGAAGUUGAUGAAGCCUACAACUAUACUUCCAAAGAGCUCAACCGCUUUAUCGAGGACCCUGAGUAUCUUCUCGCUCAUAGAAAGUCUCUACAGAAUGCUCGCAUUCAAGGCUUCAAACAGUUUUUUCUUGGUUCUCGUGAGGCAGAAGAGAGCUUCCUACAUUUCAAAAAGACCAUGGAGGAGAGGCUAGGGUUUUCUAAAAAAGGAAGAACAAUUGCCGAACAGCUUAUCCCCAAAUUCCCAGUUGGUUGCAGGCGUCUUACACCAGGUCAAGGAUUCCUCGAGUCUCUGUUGCAGGAUAACGUGAUAUUGGAGUGGAAAAACCUGGAUAGAAUCAUCGACUCAGGCAUCAUCACCAAAGACGGCCGCCACAUUCCGUGUGAUGUUAUAUGCUGUGCGACUGGGUUCGACACCUCCUUCAAGCCAGUAUUCCCCAUCAUCGGCCGUAAUGGAGUCAAUCUCGCAACUAAGUGGGAGAAUGAGGCUCCCGAGGCAUAUUUCGGGAUUACUGUCUCCGGGUUCCCUAAUUACUUUUCAUUCAUUGGACCAAAUUCCCCAAUCUCGAAUGGAUCUCUGGUGCAAGCAAUUCAGAUGACUGGAAUUUAUAUAGCCAAAUGCAUAUCCAAACUGCAAACACAGAGCAUUAGAUCUAUGGAUAUCUCCCUCGAUGCACAACAAGAAUACAACGAACACUCGCAGAGAUUCCUUGAAAAGACCGUUUGGUCGGCCCCUUGCAGUAGCUGGUACAAACAAGGAAUGGCUAAUGGCAGAAUCACGGCGAUAUAUGGUGGCAGCAGUUAUCACUUCAUCCAAGCUCUCAAAGAGCCCCGGUGGGAAGACUAUUCUUUCGAAUAUGUCGGAUCCAAUCGGUUCACAUAUCUGGGAAACGGAAUGACAAAGCGGGAAGUUUUUGGGAAAGCCAUCGGUGACACCCAGACGCUCGAUUUUGAAAGCUAUUGGCAACUAUUCAACUUGCCACCUAUUCUUGAGUAG